AUGCCGGACAAUGCGUCCAUAAACUCCUCCAACCCCGCGUCCCGCUCCGUCUAUCCCAAAGGCCCCAGUUUCACCCUCGAAGACUUCUCAAACCGCGACUUCAUCGUCAAGGAAUUCAUCGAGUCCCUCUCCGACAGCGCAAUCUCCAACCGUCGCUCGACCAUCGGAUCCGCCAGCGGAAACCAACCAUUCGACCCCAAACCGCUCAUUCGCACGUUUGAAAAUGCGCAACGCCGACUGGGUGAGUUAUCCGGUGAUCUGGAGAUUAAAGAGAAUGAACUGUCAGCAGCGGCUCGACGAGCAGAAGCACAACACGCGCAGAAUGUCAGCUCCCUCGGGCGGAAACUGAAGCAGACGAUCGACUCGUUCCAGCAACUGGACACGUCGCUGAAUGGAGCAGGUCUUCCUAGCAGCGAGGUGACGGGUGGAACGGGGAAUAUGGCUGUUGAGACCGGGAAACGGUUGGAAGAGCUCGACCGGCAGAGACGUCGGGCGCUGGAUGCGCAUUUUCUGCUCGAGUGCUGGGAUGGGGUUUGCAAUAGGGGAGAUCUUACGUUGUUGGAGAACCUACGGAGGUCGGGUAGUGGUGAGGCCAAGGUGCGCUCGGCUCAUAUUGCGCGGCAAUUGCUGCGGAUUAGCCAGAGGCUUGAUCCUAAGAGUUGGGAUGAGUCUGGUGGGAAGACGAAUGGUGCGUUCGAUAGCUCCUCGUCUCUGAACGAGGACGCGGAUGGCGGCAGCAAGCGGAACACAAGAGAAAUUAUUGAGAAGUUCUCGGAAACUCUCGAGAAGGACCUGUUGAAGCAGUUCGACGAUUUCUACCGGAAAGCCAACUUCGAAGGCAUGAAGGAUUGUGCGACGGUUCUCCAGGAUUUCAAUGGAGGUUCAAGUGUCAUCGCUUUGUUCGUCAAUCAACAUCAGUUCUUCAUCGACCGCAGUCAAUUGGUUACAGAGGAAGUGGGAGUUGAUCCAGAGUCGUGGGAGAAACUGGCCGAUCCGGAUGCUGAACCUCUGAAAGUCGAGCCCAGUCUCCAGUCGCUGAUUGACGAGGUGAAAGUUGUGGUUCAGGAGGAAUCAGCUAUCAUCAAACGCGCCUUUCCGUACUAUGAACAGGUUCUUGGAAAAUUCCUCCAACGUGUGUUCCAACAGUCCAUCCAGCAAAGACUCGAGAUGGUGUUGGAUAAUGCCAGUAGUGUCUCUUUGCUGGCGUUCUUGCGAUCUCUGCAGAGCUCGCGCAACUACAUUGGUGCCCUAGUCGAUGAUCUGAAAUUGCACGGGUUGACAGAGCACCCGGAUCCAAUAUCCUCACAGACGGCGCUGGUUUUGGACCAGCAAUUAGAGGACUUGUUCAUACCAUAUUUCGCUGGUUCAUCCUACAUUGAAAGGGAGAAGAAGAACCUGGAAGAAUUAUACACGUCUCUGCUGUUCAAGUUUACAACUUUCCACGCCCGACGAAAGAAGGCUGCAACGACGUUCAUGGCGUCGCUGGCAAAGUCGGGAACGGAAUUCCUCGCUUCUGCUAGAGAUGCUUAUAUCAACCGUCUCGAAUCGUCAGAGUACUCGCCAACGCAAAGAAGAAUGCUGCUCCAGUUGGCCGGUCUGCGAGAGUCUAGCGAUUCUCAACGCCCGAGUGAAGUCAAGCUGACCGAGGAGGACGGUCUUCUAAGUCUAUCGGAUGCAAAGCGCAUGCUCAAAUGGCUCGCAGAGGCAGUUGGCCGUGGCCUGGAAUUGAGCGUAAACAACGAAACGUCAAGAGAUGUAUCCGCGCUUCUGAACCUCCUGCUUUCAAUGAUGGGUGAAGGAUACAUUGAAGUCUGCCUCGACGCUGCUCUUGACGCCGCGACGUCGCAGGAAACGGCCAAGAAUGAGCCGGACUUUGCAUACUUGCCCGGUGUUCGGAGCGCCAUCGGCGUCACGAACUUGAUGGUUAUGUGCAUCAACACGGUACUUAUCCCGCUUGCGGCGGGCAACAUCACGGCGCGGAGAGAAAUGGAAAAGAAAACCAACCUGACUACAAUGCGUAUUGAAGAGAAGAUCAAUACGAUUGAACAGAAGACUAUCGAUGCCGUCUUGACGUGGGUAGGCAAGCUUCUAUCGGGUCAGAAGAAGAAUGAUUUCAGACCCAAAGAAGGCGAUAACGCGGCCUGGUUGGAGAAGCUGCAGACGCCCACAUGCGCAUCGAUCUGUACCUUCUUAACCCGCGUGCAAAACCUCGCACUCUCGUCGCUACCAUCUAGCGGCCCCAAUGUCCGCCAACUACUAACAGAAAUCGCCUUCGGAGCCCGCAACCUCCUCCUGGAGCACUUCAAGCGCUUCGUCGUCAACGGCACCGGAGGCCUCAUGGUCACCAAGGACAUGACGCAGUACACAGACCUCUUGAAAUCAUGGGACAUCGACGAACAAGUCAAAGCACCCGGCGGCGCCCUGGACGUCCUCCUCGAAGUCGGCAGUCUCUUCGUCAUCGGAUCUGAAGCUCUCCGCGAACGGAUCCGCGGCGGCGCUAAUACCGGAGGAUCGGGUAAUAAUGCUGGUGCGCGGUCCGGACGGGGUGGCGGGGGUGGGACGACGCAGGUUGGAGCCGGGGCUGGGCUUAAUGUACAAGAAGUGCGGGCGUAUGUGUCGAGGAGAGAGGAUUCGAAUACGGCUGCGGUGCAAAAUGUGCUUAAUGUUUUGUAA